GCGGAGCGGCCGAAGCGGAGCAGCCCCGGCCCCGCCAUGGAGGACGGAGUUUACGUGCCCCCGGACCUGACGCCGGAAGAGCGGCGGGAACUGGAAUCCAUCCGGCGCCGGAAGCAGGAGCUGCUGGGGGAGAUCCAACGGCUCCGCGACGAACUCAGCGAGGCCAUCAGCGAGGUCGAGGGGCUCGAGGCCAACGAGGGCAGCAAAACGCUGCAGAGGAACCGGAAAAUGGGGAUGGGACGCAAGAAGUUCAACAUGGAUCCCAAAAAGGGGAUCCAGUUCCUGGUGGAGCAGGAGCUGCUGCGGCACACGGCCGAGGACAUCGCCCGCUUCCUCUACAAGGGGGAGGGGCUGAACAAAACGGCCAUCGGGGACUACCUGGGGGAGAGGGAGGAGUUUAACCUGGGCGUGCUCCACGCCUUCGUGGACCUGCACGAGUUCACCGACCUGAACCUGGUACAGGCGCUCAGGCAGUUCCUGUGGAGUUUCCGGCUGCCGGGGGAGGCGCAGAAGAUCGAUCGGAUGAUGGAGGCGUUCGCCCAGCGCUACUGCCUCUGCAACCCGGGGGUGUUCACCUGCACAGACACCUGUUACGUGCUGUCCUUCGCGGUGAUCAUGCUCAACACCAGCCUGCACAACCCCAACGUGCGGGACAAGCCGUCGGCCGAGCGCUUCGUGGCCAUGAACCGCGGCAUCAACGACGGCGGCGACCUGCCCGAGGAGCUGCUCAGGAACCUGUACGAGAGCAUCCGCUCGGAGCCCUUCAAGAUCCCCGAGGACGACGGCAACGACCUCACCCACACCUUCUUCAACCCAGACCGCGAGGGCUGGCUCCUGAAGCUGGGAGGCGGGCGGGUGAAGACGUGGAAGCGCCGCUGGUUCAUCCUCACCGACAACUGCCUCUACUACUUCGAGUACACCACGGACAAGGAGCCCCGUGGGAUCAUCCCCCUGGAGAACCUGAGCAUCCGCGAGGUCGAGGAUCCGC